GCCUAACUUCAAGGUCGAAACUUGAUUUCAAAAUGUUUCGUGAGUUUGAAUGAUUAGGAAAAUUGCAGGUAUUUCACUUGACGAGUUUUCUCUUGAGAAGUGAUUGUAGCCGGAACAUUAAAAACUAUAUCAUACGGUCAAAAUCGUUUUGAGAACUUGUGAAUUUUAUGGCAAUCCAGCAAGUUUUCUAGCAGGUCCACCUGAUUUAUGCACCACCGUUGCUUAAUAAUGGACCUAAAAGUUACAGUGAUUACUUCCAAAUCACAAACGGAAUAUGAAUUCAAGAAUACAGUUAGAACGCUAAGAAAAAGGAACACGCUUAAGAAUAAUCAGCAUUUUGCAUCAAAAGAUGGAGUUCCAAAUGAAAAGUCGAAAAGACCGAGGAAUGCAAACGACGAGGAAGAACUCAGCCUAGGUGUAUCGUCAUCAUUGCCGUCCUUCGUGAAUAUGAGAUUGUCGGUGACCAACUACACUAAAAAUGGAUUAGAACUUGCCAAGUAUCUUCUUGGAAAGAUAAUUUUCAGACGUCUUGACACUGGUGAAAUAAUUUCAGCAAGAAUCGUUGAAACUGAAGCCUAUUUAGGUGAAGUAGACAAAGCAUGUCACUCUUUUGGUGGGAAGAGAACUGACAGAACAGAACCCAUGUAUAUGGCGCCAGGAACAGCAUACAUCUAUUUCAUAUACGGAAUGUACUAUUGCUUGAACAUUUCUAGCCAGGAUGUUGGAGGUUGUGUUCUUAUAAGAGCCCUGGAGCCUCUUACAGGACAAAAAACCAUGAGAAAAUUUAGAUUGGAGAAAAGAAAAUCCAACAACACUACCAUUAAAGAUCCUGCUUUGUGCAAUGGCCCAUCAAAACUUUGUACUGCUCUCAAAAUCACAAAAGAUGGUCUUAACAAAGAAAAUUUGGCAUCAUCAUCUAAAUUAUGGAUUGAAGCAGAAGAAAAGGAAUGCGGUUUUGAGACUGUUGUAUCUAAGAGGAUCGGAAUUGACUCCUAUGGGAGUGAAUGUUCAUCUAAACUCUACAGAUUCUAUAUUUUAGGCAAUAAAUGUGUUAGCAUCAAGGACAAAGAAGCUGAAAAACAAUAAAGUGAAAUUUCAGUAAUUAUCUUGCAGGUUCUCUUCUAUUGCUUUCAAAGACUAACAUCUUGGAUACAAUAUAUAUUUUAUUCACCACAUUAUCUUAAUAUGCCUGAUAGUUUUUAUAUGUAUACAAGGAGAUUAUGAAAGAAGAUUCAAUAGGCAGUGCUGCAAGAUAAGCAAAUCUUAAGUGUCAACAGAUAAAGGAUAGAGGCAGACAGACAAAUAUUUAAUCAAGUUGAUUGUAACAACUCUGAAUAACAGUGCAUUUAUUUCUUUUAAUUACAUUUAACAGUUGCUGUUGCAGAUAUUAGUUUAUUUCAAAAUGACUAAGUUGAAUUUUACUUGCUUGACAAGUUUCAAGAUUGUAAUGGAAGGUGGAUGACCAUACAAAGUUGGGAAUACUUCUUCCAUCAACAACCUGUUUUGUGAAAAUUUUCUUGUAGUGAAAGGAUAUUUCAUAGUUGAGCCAUUGUCAAUUUAAAGUCUUUCAUUUGAUUUUGCAAUUGUUUUACCCUGUUUUACCCUGGCGUCCCAUAGCAUACAUUCUUGCAAGCAAUUCUGUGAACAUCUCAACUAGCCACUUUGUAUUUUGAAAACUAUAGGAUUUUUACUUUUAAACAUAAUUUGACUUUCCAGAUACAGUUCUAAAAAAAUUAGAAUUAAAUAAUGAUUGUUAGAUAAUUUUAUUGGUCCACUAAGAAAUAAUAAUUGGAUUUAUAUACAUUUCAUUGUACUUUUGAAGAUUAAAGAAACAGAUUAAACUGUUUGGAAGUCCUACAUUUUUACUGUAUUAACAAAUAUAUGUAUUCUGAAAUUAAAUUUUAUCAUUUCAGACUUU